CCGGUCAUGACUGACUUCAAACUGGGGAUCGUGCAGCUCAGCCGGGUGGCCGGCAAGACAAAGUAUACGCUGAUAGAUGAACAAGACAUCCCAUUAGUGGAGAGUUACUCUUUUGAGGCUCGGAUAAAGGUAGAUGCUGAUGGAAAUGGUGCUAAAAUAUUUGCUUAUGCUUUUGACAAAAACAAAGGAACGGGAUCUGGGCGUCUGCUGCACGAGCUACUAUGGGAGAGGCGCCGGGGAGAGAUUGCCCCAGGAUUUCAAGUGGUGCAUCUGAAUGCAGUGAUGGUGGACAACCGACUGGACAAUCUGCGUUUAGUCCCAUGGGGAUGGAGACCCAAAGCUGAAGACGCUUCUAGUAAACAAAGUCUGUACUGGCUGGCAAUCCAGCAGCUUCCCACAGAUCCAAUAGAAGAGCAGUUUCCUGCGCUGAAUGUAACGUGGUAUUACAACGCUAAUGGGGAUGUUGUGGAGGAAGAGGAAAAUUCAUGCACAUACUAUGAAUGUCACUACCCCCCAGGCACAAUGACUGAAAAACAGUUAUGUGAAUUCAAUAUACGUGGCCGAUGCCAGGUAGCAAGGUACUGUGGGUUUCAGUGCCAGCAGAAGGACUGGCCUGCUCACAAGAAGCACUGUCGGGAGAAGAAACAAACCUUCCAGCAAGAGCUCGGACCAGAACGAUGACCAGGUGGCACAGGCCUCUCAGCAGCAGGAUUCCUUCUCAAAGGCAUUGGACUCUUGCUUUUGCACAGUAAUGACAGACUGCUUAUUGAAGCCAGAGGCACUGAAGAAGACAAACCCUGUGAUGCUUGAGUAGAACAGCUGACUGGACUAAGCCAGCUCUGACUGGUGCUGUGGAAAGGGAUUGGG